UAUGUCUCGACGAAAGCAAGCUAAGCCCCAGCAUCUCAAAUCCGACGAGGAGCUACAAGCUGAGGUGCUUCCCGAACAAGCAGUGCCAGGAGAAGGAGCAGAUGAUGGUGAUAGUGGGAAUGAAAGCCGGAGUGGAAGCGAGGAAACAAAUGUUUGUGAAAAAUGUUGUGCAGAAUUCUUCAAGUGGAGUGAUUUCUUGGAACACAAGAAGAAUUGCACUAAAAAUCCAUUGGUGCUCAUUGUGAAUGAAGAUGAAGCAGCUCCAGCUCCUGAAGAAUUUGCAGAGCCUUCUCCUGCAAGCUCACCUAGUGAUCAAGCGGACAGUGAGGCUGCUGAAGAAACCGUUCAGGCUGAGAACAAUGAGAUCUGUGAGAUAAAGAAUACAGAAAAGGAAGAAGAACCUAUGGAGGUAGAACCUUCUGUAGAAAAAAGCUACUCCAAUCAAGGCACCUCUAGUUCAGCUACGCCACUACCUCAAAUUAGUGAACCACCUUCUUUGACAGGUUAUAACAUGCCAAACACUAAUGUAACCUUAGAGACAUUGUUGAGCACUAAAGUGGCAGUUGCACAAUUCUCACAGAGUACAAGAUGUGCAGCUAGUGCAACCACGGCUAGUGGGGUUACAGCAAUGGCCAUCCCAAUGAUUCUGGAGCAAUUGAUGGCAUUGCAACAGCAGCAGAUUCACCAGUUGCAGCUGAUUGAGCAGAUCCGGAGUCAGGUCGCAAUGAUGAACCGACAGCCAUUACGUCCCACUUUAAAUACGACUCCUUCCCAAAGCACUCCUGUGCAAGCCACUAACCAACUCCAGGGAUAUGCAGCAAACUCUGCUCUUCAGUUAGCAGCAGUUGUUCCUUCUGCCAUAGUGGCCCAAGCCACUGGCAACCCACCAACUGCCUUUGAGAGCUCUCAGCACAUAUCAAGGCCCACGUCAGGUGCAAGUACUCCUAACAUGUCAAGCAAUGGUUCUUCUGUCCCAAAUGAAACAAGCACACCAUCAUCCUCUAAUGCAAUUACUUCUUCAUUAACGCCGGUUUCUGUGUCAAAUAGUACUAGCAGCUCUUCACAGCCCCCAAAUCCUUCAACUCCACCUUCGAUAGGACCUGGAAAUCUCCUUGCCUCAACUUCCAGCCUGCCAAACCCACUUCUACCUCAGACUUCAUCCAGUAGUGUAAUUUUCCCCAAUCCACUGGUUAGCAUUGCUGCAACAGCUAAUGCAUUGGAUCCUCUCUCUGCUCUUAUGAAGCAUCGCAAAGGAAAGCCACCAAAUGUAUCUGUAUUUGAGCCUAAGACAAGUUCUGAGGAUCCUUUUUUUAAACAUAAAUGUAGAUUUUGUGCCAAGGUUUUUGGGAGUGACAGUGCUCUACAGAUUCACCUGCGUUCACACACAGGAGAAAGACCGUUUAAGUGCAACAUUUGUGGCAACCGGUUUUCUACUAAAGGCAAUCUGAAAGUUCAUUUUCAGAGACAUAAAGAAAAAUAUCCACACAUUCAGAUGAAUCCAUAUCCAGUUCCAGAAUACCUCGACAAUGUUCCCACUUGUUCUGGGAUUCCAUAUGGGAUGUCAUUGCCACCUGAAAAACCAGUUACCACAUGGCUGGAUAGCAAGCCUGUUUUACCAACAGUCCCAACUUCAAUUAGUCUGCAACUUCCCCCAACGAUACCAGGGGUAAACAGUUAUGGAGAUUCCCCAAGUAUUACUCCCAUGAACAGAUCACCCCAGAGAACAUCCCCUGCGUCAAGUGAAUGCACUUCUUUAUCCCCAAGCCUAAACAAUUCUGAGUCAGGCAUUCCUUUGUCUGCAGAGUCCCCACAACCCAUUCAUGGUAGUUCAUCCAUGACUAAAACUGAACCUGCCAAUAUUCCUGUAACAAAUGCAAGGCUGGGAGAUAUUUCUAUAAGUGGUCAGGUUUCUGUAGUACCCACGUCUACAGCUCCUAGUGCUGUUACCGAAAGCAGUAUUUCUACAAGCCUCCCAAACCCUGUGCUUCCAGCAUUGUCUGACCAGUUCAAGGCUAAAUUUCCAUUUGGUGGUCUAUUGGACUCUAUGCAAACGUCAGAAACCUCAAAACUGCAACAGCUUGUAGAGAACAUUGAUAAGAAGAUGACAGAUCCAAAUCAGUGUGUCAUUUGUCACCGUGUCCUCAGUUGUCAGAGUGCUCUCAAGAUGCAUUACAGAACUCAUACAGGAGAAAGACCAUUUAAAUGCAAAAUUUGUGGACGUGCAUUUACUACAAAAGGCAAUCUAAAAACACAUUUUGGAGUUCAUCGAGCGAAGCCACCACUUAGAGUACAGCAUUCAUGUCCCAUUUGUCAGAAGAAAUUUACAAAUGCUGUUGUUCUUCAGCAGCAUAUUCGUAUGCACAUGGGUGGGCAAAUUCCAAACACACCAUUACCAGAUGGCUUCCAAGAUGCUAUGGACUCAGAGCUUUCUUUUGAUGAAAAGAAUGCAGAGACACUGAGCAACUAUGAUGAUGAUAUUGAUGAAAAUUCCAUGGAGGAGGACACCGAAUUAAAAGAUAGUACAAGAGACUCCUCCAAACCACUUAUACCUUAUUCUGGAUCACGUCCACCUUCUCCCCCGUCUGUAAUUUCUAGCAUUGCUGCUCUUGAAAAUCAAAUGAAAAUGAUUGAUUCUGUCAUGAACUGUCAACAGUUAACUAAUCUAAAAUCUUUAGAAAAUGGGUCAGGGGAAAGUGACCAUUUAAGCAACGAUUCUUCAUCAGCUGUUGGAGAUCUGGAAAGCCAGAGUGCAGGGAGUCCUGCCAUGUCAGAAUCUUCUUCAUCCAUGCAAGCUCUCUCUCCUGAAAAUAGCAAUUGUGAAAGUUUUAGAUCGAAAUCACCAGGUUUCAGUAACCAUGAAGAACCACAAGAAAUACAAUUAAAGACAGAAAAAUCUGACAGUCCCCCACCACCUACUGUUGAAAAUGGAGGCGCACUGGAUCUGACAGCCACGAACCCGGGGAGGCCAGUCAUCAAAGAAGAAGCUCCUUUUAGCCUGCUGUUCCUGAACAGAGAACGUGGUCCCAGCCAAAGUACUCCUAGCCUGGUCACCAGCACUGCGCCUACUAUGAUCAAAAUGGAAGUGAAUGGUCACAGCAAGCCGAUCUCAUUGGGUGAGGUUCCAUCGCUUCCAGCUGGAAUCCAGGUUCCUGCUGCACCACAGACAGUGAUGAGUCCCAGCAUCACUCCUAUGCUGGCACCCCCACCACGUCGAACUCCAAAACAACACAACUGUCAGUCAUGCGGGAAGACCUUCUCCUCAGCAAGUGCACUACAGAUACAUGAACGCACCCAUACUGGUGAAAAGCCAUUUGGUUGCACUAUCUGUGGUAGAGCUUUUACCACAAAAGGGAAUCUUAAGGUUCACAUGGGAACUCAUAUGUGGAAUAAUGCUCCUGCACGGCGUGGGCGUCGACUGUCCGUGGAAAAUCCCAUGGCUUUGUUAGGUGGUGAUGCUUUGAAGUUUUCAGAAAUGUUCCAAAAGGAUUUAGCAGCACGGGCAAUGAAUGUUGACCCAAAUUUUUGGAACCAGUAUGCUGCAGCUAUUACUAAUGGACUUGCUAUGAAGAACAAUGAAAUUUCUGUCAUACAGAACGGAGGCAUUCCUCAGCUCCCAGUAAGUUUAGGCGGAAGUGCCAUUCCGUCUUUAAGUAACGUUACCAGUGGAAUGGACAAAGCUCGUACUGGUAGUAGCCCUCCCAUCAUUGGUUUGGACAAAGCAAGUUCUGAAACAGCAGCCAGUCGUCCAUUCACAAGGUUUAUUGAGGAUAAUAAAGAGAUUGGCAUAAAUUAAAAGCAUUCAAUACAAAUAACUGUUGGACCACUGCUCAAUACAACAUUUGUUCUUUCAUGUACAGUUUGGGGAGUUAAACUUUAGUUUUGUGGCCUAAUUGCCUAGAUAACUCUAUGAUUUAUCAAUAGCAGAAAUACAUAACUUCGUGUCUGCUGAAAAGUUGUCUCGCAAGAUUUGCAUGGUACUACUUUCAACAGUGAGCUGACCAUUAGUGAGAACUUAUGAACCUUUUUAAUUUAAGUAAAUGUAAAUCAUUGGAUAAUUCCAUUAGGGACUG